CACAGACACCUCUAUUUUAGUCAUCCAUCAGAAGCACUUUUAUAGAACCUAUUUCCCAUCAUCCCUUGCUCUACGGGACAUGAAUCAGAUCUUGGCCCCUGUGUUGACUGGUUAUCUAUGCUUUGCCUCUUAGUUUCUUUGCUUGACAAAUAUCCAUUCAGUGGCAGGAUGUCCAGAAAACCUGCCUGGAGGAACACGGCGAGCGAUGCAGUGAGCUCCCAUCAGGACCACGCCCUCAGCUCCACCAUGUUACUGCUCAGGUCCUAUGGCCCGACUGCGUUUCUGCUCCAGGAGGACGGUGGGACGCAGAACUUCAAGGUGUGCUUGGGUGAGCCGCAUACGUGCACCUGCCCCACGUUCACGAGGGAGCGGCAGCCCUGCCAACACAUCUGCUGGUAUCAGCAACACACAGGGAGAGGGAGGCUUUUACUUCGGAAAUUCAGGCUACCCAGAGACCAUGAAUAUGCGUUUCAGCUGGGGUUAUCAGCGCGACAGCUGCUGGAAGUGCUUCAGGGCUCACACCAAGCUAAAGCCCACCGGACGGCGCUCGACGGCCCUGCUGCCGCUGCCGGGACCCCGAGCCACAACGUUCCAGGCCAGGAGGUUGGCAGCGUCUGCCGGAAAGCGAUCCAGGCCCAGGAUGUGUGUCCGAUCUGUCAGGAGGGGCUGCUGCAGAAAAAACAGCCCGUGUCUUACUGCAGGUUCGGCUGCGGUAACAGCGUCCACAUCUCCUGCAUGAAGGUGUGGGCCGACCACCAGAGGCUGUCAGACAGUCAGGAGAUGCUAAAGUGUCCCCUGUGCAGGGAGGACUUCAGUUCCCUGAAGCUGCUCCAGGAGCAGGUGAAGAACGCGGCCAAGCUCUUCACCGCUGCUGAGAGAGAGAGCCCAGACAGACAUCUGGGAGUGCUCUGCUACAGCUGCCGAGUCUGCCCUGUCACUGGGACCUGUUUCCGAUGCACCAUCUGCAGUUCUUUCUAUCUCUGUGAGAACUGCGUAAAGAAAGGCUGCCACUCACAGCAUCCACUUGCUUCACGAACUACAAGAAAGGAAAAGUGGAUUCUUUUGGCUGCAAGCUCCCCUGGAGAUCCGAGACCACAAGAUGAAAGCACUGUUGCAGAGCCUUUUGCAGACAGCGACUUGGAGCGUGUGCCAGCAGUCAAAGUGAGGUCAGGCUCUCAGCUGCUGAAUGAGGGGCUGCAGUGUCGGAUCUGCCUGCAGAGAUUUGGUCUGGGUCAACAGGUCCGAACUCUGCCCUGUCAUCACAAGUUUCACACGGACUGUGUGGACCAGAUCCUGCUGAGCUCAAACUCCUGUCCCUUGGAUGGGUAUGUCCUCUUCAGUCAGCAAGCAACUGACAGGAACACCUCUCCUAAGGUCAUCUGUACCAAGCAGCGGGAAAAUGAAUUACAGGGCCUGUUUGUCCCUGGUGUAGCAUUACACGCUCAAAGAACUAAACCUUCUCCUACAUGUGGAGCUCUUAACUCAGAGGUCCCAAUAAACGCCUCGUUUUGUAGUCGUCUGAGACAGGAUCCCUGCACAAGUCCCACCAAAAAGACCAGAGACAACAUGGCUGCAAGGAAAACUAAAGUGCAUCUGAAAGACGGGGACAAUGUAACCGUUAGAGACAGAAAAUCAGCCGGUCCAGAGCUGCGAAUGACUGGAGUUUCAAUAAAGGCCGACAAGGAACGGCAUUCCUAAAUGUU